UGUGGCGUCGUUUGGGCGUGUCUGGUGCAGUAGUUGUACGGGUUCUAGUGCUUGGACAGCAGGUUUUUCUUUUUUUGACUAAGCUGUUACAACUACUAGUGUUCUUACGGAACUAACAACAACCUUGAAAGUCUUCAAGAGUACAAGCACACAGGGAUAGGCUAAGUAAUACUUCAAUACAUCCACGAUGUCGGCGGAACAGGACAUCGAAAUGUCUCCUGCGCCCGCGGCCACGGAAACUAGCGCCAUUGCGCCGGCACUGCAACGAGUCACCGGCUGGAACGCGGACAUUGGCGUGUUUCCCUUCGAGGAGAGUCUCAUUUACGCGGCGUCCAGUGUUGUCGUCGUGCACAACAUCGAAGACGACUCCCAUAUGGAUGUGUCAGGAUCGAAGUCGUCAAAAUCGAAAAACUUGUCAUGCAUACUUAAAAUGUAGAGCAUGAGCACUGAAGGCCUGUAUUGGGGAGCAGGCAUAUGAGGCCGAUUGUAAGCCUGUUUAGGGGUAUGCAAUGUGCUGCCACAGUAGCAUGACAGGAGCAGCCUUCUUUCCCCAAAAAGCAUGACAGACUGGAUUUUGAUGCUCCCGAAAUUUGUCAUGCGCCACUUGAAAACUGAGGCUCCAACUGACAUCGAUUUUGUGCAUCGCAAAUUUUUCGAUUUUGUCAAUUUCGAUUCUGACACUCCCAUAUCCCAGGCCUUUCUGCAUCUGCAGUCGCCGGUCGCCGCACUGGGGUUCUCGCCUUCAGCCAGCUUUUUGGACACCUCGGUAUAGAACUUUAGUUGAACUUCGAGGAACAGGAAUCAACUAACUUCUCGUGAGGAAGAAGAGCGGCUCGCAUGUAGACGGUGUUGAUGUCUGAGCAGCAUGACACGAAGUUUUAUCCUGUGAACCAAAAAAUUGCGAUGAUCUUUACAUAUAGGAACAAGAGAUGAAAAAAACCAAAGGCUCCCCUCUCCUCUGCCACGCCGUUGAUUGCCGCAGGCGGGGUGAAACAAGCAGAUCAGGAGUUUACGGAACUCGUCGUCUUCAAGGAUUUUGGCCGCGAGAAGGGCUACGGUCCCUUCCUCUACCACCUCACCGAUAUCGAGCAGGUCGCCUUCGUAGCCGACGGUUCCAAAUUGAUUUCCAUCGAGAAAAACGCAAGUCACACACUCUGCGUCUGGGACCUGGCACGGCUGCGACGCGGAGUGGUGAUCAAAGGUAGAAGUUCUUGCAGGGCGGGGUUACUAUUUUGGUGUGGAGUUGUUGUACUUUCAGAGCUGUAGAAAUGUUGAUGCGGGUUUCAUGUGCAACGAGCGAUUUGAAAAAGGAUGAAUGAUGUUUCAAUCCCGACAUUGGUAACAAAAAGAAUACGGAUGCUAAAAGUACUAGAAGAAUUAUACGACGAGACAGAUUUUGUUCAAAAUGAAACAGAGAAACCGCUGUGGCAAGUGUCCGGGAUGCAGAGUGCGCUGAGCGUGGGCGCCGUCGGGAUUCGGGGGAUCACCGCGAUGCCUGUCGUGGACAGUUCCGAGAAGAUCAUCAAUUUCCACACGCUCAAGUACAAGCAGAACAACAACCCGGGAAAUAAUGUGGUCGACCGGAGCAUUCGCUCCGAAUCGACGGCAAACGCAGUGGAGCAGAGAUAUUUUUAUAAGGUAUAGAGGUUCAGUUUCAGGAGGGCAAGAGUGGACAAAUGCAUUAUGCAUAGCACAUGGCACCACAGCCACAGGAAGAGCAUGUUCGUGUAUCUGAGCCCGGCGCGGCUGCGCAUGUUCUACAUACAGAAAUUUCGAAAGUCGGCGUUUUAUCUUCAACGAAUACCAUGAAAAGGUCAAAUCGCCGGGUGAGAAGCCGCCGCUCCGGUUUAUCACGUGGGGCGCCCAGUGUGGCACGCGCUUCUACGCGUUGGAUCGCAGGCAACCGAAACUGAACCUGUGCUGUAGCAAGGCAAGCUUCAAUUGCGAGGAGCUGAACGUCUGCAACGCGAGCAUAGAGCACCGUAAGUUUUUUAUUGUUGGUGAUUGAUUUGGUGCGUCGCAUAUGCGCUGCAUCCGAAGUCGCCUUGUUUGUCAUGCAGAGUUCGAAUGAUUUUGAACAUGAUCUGCUCAAUUCUAUAUCAAAGAAAUUUCUUCUCUCAUGCUUUCUUCUAGAUUCCGUCACAAGUUGCGUGGUUCUUUCCGACGGAGUGCACACCCUUUUCGGCACCACAAAAGGCGAAAUCUUUUUUUUCGAGGACGCGCAGGCCUUGCGGGUAUUCACCUUGAACAACAUCCGCGCGGCGCCCAGUGCCCCGAUUCGCGCCUUGGUCAACGGCGCAGUCAGCGGUACGACGGAACAGAGCGAGGUGCUGAUCGGCGACCAAUACGACGUGCACCGGGUGUACGAAUCCGCAUUUUACGAGGAGGUCACCAACCACCUCAGUAUUCGGGGGCCCAGUGCCACGACGAAAAUUGCCACAGGGACGAGGCCGGCGAGCUCUAGUAGGCCAGGUAUAAUUCUUCAGCACGCGUCUCUACCUAGACGUGCACUUUGAUUUCUUUUCCCGAUAGUUUGCAAAUGUACAACCAACGGCGACGUCGAAGAUCCCUCAAAGCAUCCUCAUCACAUCAGAACUUUAAUUAAAGUUUUAUUCCGACGUGGUGAGUCGGAGUCCUGCUCUUGUCCUCAAGAUCAACUCCUUCAUAUGUAAAUGAAACCGCAACAUCAACAGGCACUGCCAGGUCGGCCGCUUCGUCCCGGCCUCUCACUGCCCAGCCGCUCUCGAAAAAACCGGCGGCGCUGAAGCGUGAGAACAUUGCCACGAUUUCCCUUGGCGGUGUGGUUUCCAACCCGAGCGUGUUGGUCGCGGGGAGGAAAUUUGAAGUCAAUGCCUUUGAAGUCAACGAAGCGGAGAUCUUAGUCGAGAAGGACCGGAGUCCGAAGAAAAAGGUGUUGCGCAACAUGGAGAGAAGGGCGCUGAUUCACAGAGCAGGUAGUUCUAUGAUAUUUACAGAUCAUUUUCAUGCGCUGUUGUUGUACUUGUAACGCGGUGACUCAUAGUACAGUUACUUGAGAUCAUGCUGUUAAAUUUGACACUUCGCAUGUUGACGGAAGUACAAGUAGAAAAUGAACAUCAAACGCUCAUCAAUAGACGCCGCCAACCUGCAGAGCACCAUCAACGACAAGAAGUAUGUGACCGCGACAAAAGUCGUGCGGAAAAGCGUAUGACAGGGAAAAUCUGAUGUACAACUCUCAUGAUUUGUUGGUUCUGCGCAGAAAGUUUUUCAUUUUUUGUCAUGCGCGACGAGCACGUGAGAGCGGAAGUCGUCGUAGAGCCAGAUACAACUACUCACCGAAACUUUAUCAGGAUUUUUCUACCUACUCCAUACCAGAAAGCAAGAACGUACGACUAUCUUUUCGCGUCAAAAGGGCAGCUCUUCCUCCUAAACGACGGAGAUGCGGCGGCGCAAGUCGUCGCCACGCAGCCCUGCCAGGAGUGCACAGGUAUUAAAGAAUUGACCAUCUGCAACUGCAGCUGCUCGCAUCAUCUUCCGUGCUUCGGCGUGCUGACGACGUGUCUUGCAUGAUGUGGCACCAGCAUCCGCAAAGAAAUGUUUCCAUGCACGUAAGGAACUUCACCAGCACCACACGACUCUCCACAGGUAUCUGUCCCCUCCCCGCCGAGGCGAAGUCCGGAGAAUACGCCAUGGGUUCGACGGACGGGUGGGUCCACUUCCCGAAGCAAGUGCAGGACCCCAUCCAGAUCCCGGGCCGCUUUCCCGUGUAUUCCGUCGCGGCCUCUAACCUCGUGAAGCCCACGAGACCGACGAGUGUGUUGCCGCACUACGUCGCGGCCGGUUGUGCGAACAGCAAAGUGUUCGUUUUUUCCCUCCCCAGCCGGGAUCUGGUGUUCAGCCGGUCGCUCGGUGUGGCGGGGGACGUGAACAUGACGAGCUGCGCCUUUUCCGUCUACAACGCGAUCCAGAAGAACUACAAGCUGGCGGUCGGGGGGCAGGACGGCGUAAUUUUCCUACUUACGUUGACAAACCCGGCCUGGACGGAAAACCCGCGGUGCAUUCUCGCCAACAAUCCGAGCCUGUCCAUCGCGCAGUCGGGGCUGAAGCGAGCCACCCACGCAAGCGGCACCGCGGUCCAGCAGCUCCGCGGCCACGCUACCGCGGUCACGUCGCUGGCGUUUAGCGACUGCGGAAAUUUCCUGCUUUCCGGCGGGUACGACGGGCAGAAAAUCGCCUUCGAAACGCACACGGGGCAGCGGCUGCCCAGUCUGUCUCUGGUCGCGGACUUGAAGUUCGCCCCGGGAAGGUAUUUCUCGAAAGAUGGAGCAGGACGUGGUGUGGAAGUGACUUCAUCAAGUGCUGUCUCGCCGUCAAAACCAGCUAGAGGACAACCAACUACCAGCAGCAGCAGUACCUCCGCGAAGUUUGCUUUUGCGCCGUCGAGUCGAACAGCAGGAUCUUCUUCCUCUUCUUCCGGGGCUGUUGUGGUACAACAACAGAACGUUAACAGCAAACCGGGAACAACAUCCCUCGAUCUCGCGAACUAUCUUCACAGUUCCGCGGUGCACCACUCGGUUCUACAGUACAACAAGAAGAAGCUCAACCUCUCCUCCACCUACAAUCAGCAGCAGCUCGCGGCGCGCCGGCCCACGAGCAGCUACACGACGCUGGCGACGGCCGGGAAGCGACCAAUCUGCCCGGUUUCGGAGAAGUUUUCGCACGGAACUACAAGCGCAAAAAUAGUAACCGGUGGACUGGGGAAUAAACAAGCGGGAAGAACGAAACCCGCUGGACCACGAACGUCGAGUGCAGUGGCAUCCAAGAAAACGCUGGAAAUCGAACUCGGGUCGGGUGGCGGAGGCUGCAUUUCCGCCGGACAGGGGCUGGUCACGUUUGCGGAUGGAGAGUUGGCUGGGAUCAGGUAUUUGUGGAACGGUUUAGAUAUUAGGAAUUUUCAGGUACAACCACGAUAGAGGCGGUCGUGCAGUUCUUUUUGCAGAAGUUGUGUAGUAAAUUUGUGUGAAGUUCGAAUCAAUUGGAAUGAUAAACGAGUUUCACAUGGUGAAAAACUUGCAAAAAUAACCCCAGCGGCUGCACGAGCGCGAUUUCGGGGGAGCAGGGCAUGGUGGUCUCGGUCGCCGGGGCCCAGCACCAAAUGGUCUACGGGUAGAGGGUAGAGUUCGGAAAGAGAGAGAGACGGGUUAGGAUAGUAGCAAAAUCAACAUGCAGAAAAAAUUGGAAUAGGAGUAGCUAUAGUACGGAUCACACUGGGAACAAGAACUGGCUUUAUGUUCAAUGGAUUUGAAGAUGUUUUUAACGCAUGGCGGUGCCUGCCACUGGCACAUUAUGUAUGCCUUGCAGCGACGCAAUAAAAAAACAAAAUAGUGAAGGGAGAAGAUGAACAGAAGAAGAAUACAUAAUACCACCUCUGAAUAAAUCUAGCGAUCUUUAUUUGAAUUUAUAGGCCUGUCGCACGCGGCUCGAAGGUCAAUCAUGAUGCCCGUCGGUAGCUGCUGAGACAGUUACUGACCCGGGUUUUUGCGCUGGGCUUUUAGGACCGUGGUCAGCAAACGCAAACUUUUAAUUUGAAUUGUGAAACUACCGGAUUUGUUUUUGAACUCUGCCACAAGGUUGACAUCAUUGAUUCAAGUUGCAAAGGAUGGAUUUUUCUCUAUUCGCGAACUUCAGUUUUUGGAACUAUUUGAGGCCGAUCUAUACUAAGUGACAUUUAUUUAAAGGGGAAACCAAACGUGAUGAAGAGGUGCUGAAAACAAGGCGUCAGAGUUCGGCUUCAAGCUACGAAGUGGUGAAUGUCGUGAAUACGGUGAAAGAACGGAAAUAGUGAGCUUUUUUACAAUAUGCACAGUAUUGGACUAUUGGAAUUUUGUUUUCUACCGGAUAAUUGUUGUAGUUGAAAUGAUAUGAACACUGAAACUUCUCAGCAGCGGCUUUGUGUCGCUACUCCAUGGAAUUUCGCUACAAAAAAGCAAGUAUGUGACAGGGAU